AUGGAAGUUGACCCUAACAUCGUGGCCAUCUUUGGUCCACCACCCAAAGGUCUGGAUCUUGACAAGAAUGUCAUCACCACUUACAAUGUUGUCGUUUGUGUUGUUCUUGGUAUUGCUGUCACAGUUGUCGCUUUGCGAUUUUACGUGAGGAGCAUGAAAUCGGCGAACAUCGAGAUGGACGAUUGGGCUGUUUUGGUCAGUUUGCUUUGUGCUUCAGCAACUGUCGCUAUGACAAUAUUGGCGGGCGAACAUGGUUCCGGAGCUCAUGUUUGGUCAAUCAAGCUCACGACUCUCGUCGAUGUCUUCAAGAUCGUCUACGCCGAGCCCUUCGUAUACGCCCUCGCCGUCACAUCCGUCAAAAUCAGCAUUCUCCUGUUGUACCGCCGCCUCUUCCCCCUCGGUAUCGACAAAAAUCGACUCUACACGAUAAUGUUCUGGAUAGCGACCUUCAUGACAACCAUCUACCCAUUUAUCCUCUGGAUCACCAUGCCUUUUGCCUGUCGACCUGUCAGUCAUUUCUGGAACCAGUACCUUGGUGCUAAGGGCAAGUGCAUCGAAGUGAAGCUAUUCUUCCUUGUUCUAGGAAUCAUGAACAUGAUGAACGAUAUCAUUAUCUUGACUGUUCCGAUCCCCAGAAUUUGGACACUGCAUAUGAACAACAAGACCAAGAUUUCUAUAAUUUGCAUCAUGCUUCUUGGCAGCUUUGUCUGUGUCGCCAGCAUCGCACGCAUUUACUACCUCUGGGGCUUCUUCCAAAACCUCGACGCGACAUGGUGGAUGGGUCCAUCGUUCGCCUGGUCCAGCCUCGAACCCUCCGUCGCAGUCAUCUCAGCUUGUCUCCCCACGCUAGCACCACUGUUUCGGAUCAAGCGCAUCAAUUCGACUUCACGCGGCACACCAUCAGGACCAACUGACCUAUCCAAAUCUGGUUCCAAACACUUUCAGCUCUUCAGUGUGAAUAGAGCUAAGGGCAAUGCUUUCGGUAGUGACGAUGACGAAGUCGAGUUGACAUACGAUGUUGGAAGGGGAGGGACCGGUGAUGGGUCGAUCUGGAAAAACCAAGGGGGCUCGGCUGCAGAGCAAGGAAUUGUUGUCCAGACGCAGGUUUCGGUGACACAUCAAGACAGGAAAGGCCGUACUAGCACUCAUUAG